AUGGCAGCCACGCCGCAUCCCUUCGACCCCAUCACCCCGGCGGAAAUCGUCCUGGCCACCAAGAUCCUGGAGGCCGCCUUCCCCGGGAUCCCUCUCCGGUACAAGAAGAUUGAUAUUCAGGAACCGAUCAAGAGUGAUGUGGUCCCGUACAUUGAGGCAGAGAGGCUCGGCAAGCCCCUGCCCCCAAAGCCCGCUCGAUUGCUCCAGGUUCUCUUCCAUCGGAAGGACACCGGGGCUUUUUUCAAGGCAUUGUUGAACGCAGGCACACGAUCGAUCCUCUCGGCCAAGCAAUUGCCCAAGCACAUCCAGGGUCCCGCGGAUAUGGACGAACUCGCUGAGGUCGAGGAACUGUGUCUCAGCCAUCCCGCAAUCCAGGCGGAGGUGGCCAAAUUGCAGCUGCCUCCUGGUGUCACCAUCUGCAAUGAUCCCUGGAUCUACGGUACCGAUGAUCCCAACGAGGCGCGUCGAUUGUUCCAGUGUUACAUGUACAUUAUUGCCACCGACCAUCCCCAGAACAACCACUACUCCGUCCCUUGCAAGUUCUCCCCGGUCUUCGACAUCAUUAAACGCGAAUUGGUCCGUAUCGAUUACCUUCCGGGUGGGGCCGAUGCGCAAACCACGGAAACCCAACCGUGGAAGCCGGUGGAAACCGUCCAGUACGCGCACGACCUGCUUCAGGAGCCUUUACGCACAGACCUCAAGCCGUAUAUCGUCCAGCAGCCGGAAGGCCCGUCUUUCGGCGUUCAAGGGAAUGUUGUGGAGUGGCAGAAGUGGCGGUUCCGCGUUGGAUUCAACAGCCGUGAGGGCCUCGUUAUCUACAACCUUACUUAUGAUGGACGCAAUGUGUUCUACAGGUUGUCCGUGUCGGAGAUGACAGUGCCAUACGGCGACCCCCGUGCUCCCUAUCACCGCAAACAAGCCUUUGAUGUGGGAGACGUUGGCUUCGGCAUCACAGCCAACCAGCUCUCACUCGGCUGCGACUGUCUCGGCCACAUCAAGUACUUCGAUGGCUACCGGGCUGAUUCAAAGGGAACCCCCGUGUUGCUCCAAAACAUCAUCUGUCUCCACGAGCAAGACAACGGCCUCCAGCACAAGCACACCAACUACCGCAACAACGCCGCCACUGUGGUCCGCAACCGCCAACUCGUCGUGCAGAUGAUCUGCACCGUCGCCAACUACGAAUACAUCUUUGCCUUUAUCUUUGAUCAAGCCGCCAACAUCGAGCUGGAGGUCCGAGCCACCGGCAUUCUCUCCACCGUCCCAUUCGACAACGAGAAAUUCGGCACCACAGUCCCCUGGGGCACCAACGUCGGUCCCGGCGUCAUGGCACCCUUCCACCAACACAUGUUCUCUUUCCGGAUGGAUCCCGCCUUGGACGGUUUCAAAAACACCGUGUACUACGAGGACAGCGUACCAUUGCCAGAGGACGAGAACAACCCCUACCUGGUAGGAUACACGACCGAGCAGACGGUCCUCCGGACAAGCGGCACCGCAAACACCGACGUCAGUCGCCACCGCGUGUUCAAAAUCCGUAACGACGCCCACAUCAACCCGAUCACCUACAAACCCGUGGCAUACAAGCUCCAGACCUCCCCCGCUCAGAUGAUGCUCGCCAGUCCGAAGUCAUACGGCUCCAAGCGCGCCGGCUUCGCCACCAAGCCGAUCUGGAUCACCAAGUAUCAGGACGACGAGCUGUAUGCUGCGGGUGAAUUCACCAACCAGAGCAAGCAAAGCGAGGGUGUGGAGAAAUGGGUGCAAAGAGAGGAUCCGGUCGAGAACGAGGAUCUCGUCCUGUGGCAUACCUUCGGCCUAACCCACAACCCCCGCAUCGAAGACUUCCCCGUUAUGCCCGUCGAACGCGUCAGCGUCAUGCUAAAGCCGGAUGGAUUUUUCACCAAGAAUCCCGCCCUGGACGUGCCACCUUCGUCGCAGUCGUUUAACAAGUCGACGCUGCAUCCUGAGCCGGUCGCGUGCUGUGCGGGGGAGAUGAAGGGGAAGUUGUAAUUCUUAUAUUUGAUGAUAGAUGAUACCAUGAAUAUGAUUUCACUAGAAUAGAGUAACCCGUUUCUCC